AUGCGCUCUCAUAAAAGUUUCCUCCCAGCAAACCCUCUGGGGCGGUUCUCCUCUGUCUCCUGCGGCGGCUGUGAGUCAACAUUGACUAGUGGUGCCGAACAACCACGAAGGGCAACCAGCCCCCAGGCGCAGAGCCGCGGGAGGUGGCCCAAGGGCUUCAGAGUUUGUAGAGGUUUGAGUGGGGCGCUGACAGUGUCUGCUACGAGGGGACAAGAGUGCUUUUGGAUUUCUUGGCUUCCAGCCCAGCUCUGUGAUCCAGCUCAGCUCUUUUCCAGCAAAGGCUCCUCGUGCCUUCCCUGCAUCCACCGUGAAGCAUCAUUUCUGAUGGCAGCAUUAUCUCCAGGACCCACCAAAGGACUCCAGGAAGAAUAUAAUCUCCAUGAGGAAAAAGAUUCUGACUGCUGUUCUUGUCCAGAAAAGUGGAUUGGGUACCUAUGCAGCUGCUAUUUCAUUUCUAAUGAAGAAAAAACCUGGGCAGAAAGUAGGAAUUCCUGUGCUUCUCAGAAUUCCAGUCUACUUCAGCUGAAAAACCGAGAUGAAUUGGAUUUUUUCAAAUCUAAUGAACUCUUUUACUGGAUUGGACUCUCUUAUAACGAAACGCGUGGCGCCUGGGUGUGGGAGGACGGCUCUGCUCUCUCCCAGGAUCUAUUUUUGUUUCAAAAUCUAAAUCCACGGAACUGUGUAUUGUAUAAGCCAAGUAAUCGUAUUUUGGAUGAAGAUUGUAGGAACAAAAAUGGUUUUAUCUGUAAGCAAAGGUUUAUUUAAGAGUUUCUCGGAGUUGACAGGCAAUGCACGGUCAGGUUUACUUUUUAUCUCUUAUAUUGUUACUAAUUAUCUACUUUUUAGGUGUAUAAAUUUUUCAUUUUUUCUCUCAGGAUACAAUUUCUAUAUAUUUGAAUCCAUAUGUUUUAAAAUUGAUUAAAUUUCUCUGUCUAUACUUGAACUUAUUAAGCAUCAAGAUAAAGAAUGUUAUGAAUAUUUAAAUUUUAUGUUUUUAAUAUUAAAUGUAUUGCAGUUUCAUGCAUCUUUUCUUGCAAAUGAUCUCUGCACAAAUUUAAGUAAAAUUUACAACAGCAAAUACUAUAUAUAUCAACAUCAUUUCAGUGCUUCACAUAACAUACUAAAUUGGGAAGUCCCAUCCUCACCUUUCUAAAAGUAAAACUAUUUUUAAUGCUUUUUGUUAGCGCU